AUGGAAGAGUUCCGCGACGAUGAUAUCGAGAGUGUCCUCUACAUUGGCAGAGAAGUCUCGGUGUACAAGAUCCCACCCUUGAAGAAGAACGAGGGACACCGUGCUCAGGAAUGGGGGGAUCUUGGCAGCCCGCUGUGGAAAGGCCGGCUACGGAUCAUCGAGCGGUCGAGCGGGGCCAUGAUUCAAUUCGAAGAUGCUACAACUGGCGAUCUCUUCGCCAAAGCCGAUUACGAUCCAGCGAAGCCAUGCGUUGAGGCGGUGCUCGAUUCAUCACGGUAUUUUGUCGUGCGUGUCGAGGACAAUGGCAAAAGAGCAUACAUUGGCAUGGGCUUCCUCGAGCGUACUGAUAGCUUCGACUUCAAUGUGACUUUGCAAGACUACACCAAGCGCUGGAAAGCUCGGAUGAAUCCUCCGGAUGCUGCGACAGACUCACCUUCACCACACGUUCCUGCUGGUCCUAAGAAGGACUAUAGCCUGAAAGAAGGCCAGACAUUCUCAAUAUCUAUACCUGGACGGGCCAAGGCCAACAACAUCACGUCCACUAACCUCCUUGGAAGCAGCACAUCUACCAAUUCGACAUCAUUGGGAGGUGGUCUAGGUUUCCCGUUGCUCCCCCCUCCGCCAAGCGCACCAAAGAAAUGGUGAAUGGUUAGUAGGGACCCAAUUAGCUAUCGGACAUCUAGUCAACCUGCUCCAUGGUAUAUGUGGACAUUGGUAUAGGACCUGUAUACGUGUGCAGAAAUCAUGACAAAUCUAAGAGGAGAUGCUGAGAGUAUGUAUCCCUGGUCUGACACGACUGUGAUGAUUCACGGAUAGUGAUAUGCGCGCGCCGUUUCCACAUUUCAUCCCAUAGAC